GCGAGCCUCUUGCCUCAGCGUCAAUGCUCAGGCUUUGUUUCCGCUGGAAGGGAUGACGGUCGCCUUCUCUGCUUGGUUUCUUUAUCUUUAUCAAUAACUGUGGAUACAUGCACCGCGAAAUGCCCUGACUUGCAGUUAAAUAUCGGUAGAGGAUUGUUACAUUGCUGGGGAAGGCAGGCUAUGAAGUGGCGAGUGGUCAGUUUAGCAGCUAGUUAGCCGCUUUCGUUUGUUGACACAUUAGGCAGAACUUUUGCUGUUUUGUGGCUCGAUUCGGGUUCGAGGGUUAAGAAAAUAACCGGCAAAACUGGAAGAAAUGAACGAAGAAGACGGCUGCACGACACCGGUUAACAAGGAAACGAAUAUUUCACUGCUGUUCACCAAAGACGGACAGACUUACUUCGUGGACAACAGCGGGGGUCUGGAGAGCAGGAAUGCGGCCACGCCGCAGGAGCAGGACGGCGGCAUGCUGUCCUACGAUAUGGACGAUCCGGGCGAGGAGAGCGACGUCCUGGACACCUCUGAUCCCAGGGACAGCGCUGCCAGCCCCGAGGAUCUCAACGACGAGGAGUCCUUCGGUGACAGCGAGAACGUGACCAAGACGUGCACGUACGAGGGCUGCGCGGAGACCACGACGCAGGUGGCCAAGCAGAGGAAGCCGUGGAUGUGCAAGAAACACCGCAAUAAGAUGUACAAGGACAAGUACAAGAAGAAGAAGAGCGACCAGGCCAUGUCCAGCGGGAAGUUAGACGAAGGCUCAGAGGAGAGACCUGUCUCUGUUACCAAGCAGCGGCUGGGGGAUCGGCUGGGGGAUCGACCAGCAAGGCCGUCCCUCAUUGAACAAGUUCUCAACCAGAAGAGACUGUCUCUGCUGAGAAGUCCAGAGGUCGUGAGCUUCCUGCAGCAGCAGCAGCGGCGACUUCUGACCAGCCAGAGAAGUGGAGCCGUGCAGCAGGAGUAUCAAGGCUGCUGACAGGAGACGAGGCUGAGCCCAGGAGCUAACAGGCCAGCGAGCCCAGGCCAGGAGAGGAGAGGCCCAAUCUAGGUUGUCAUACUAACAGGAAACCUUAUUUGGGAUACCAUGACCUGUCAAGCGGAUUAUUUCUUUCUGGAAGUGGAUUCACCUAGUAAUUAAGGCAAAUUUCUGUUUAACAUUCAACCCGAUUGCCUCUAACGGGAUUGUCCCACACCCAUUACCUGGAGUCCUCCUGAUGUUGAGCAUUGCCUACAUGUCAUUUGACAUUUACGAUGAAUGAAUCCAGUAUAGGGGGCUCAGUGGGCUAAGCCUGUGUGCCUGUAAUCAGAAGGUCGCUGGUUCAAACCCAGCCUCAGCACGUCUGCGGGUCCUCGAGCGAGACCCCCAACUCCCUGGGUGCCGCUGCAGGUGGCCGCUCUUUACGGGCAGCUUACUCUACAAAGAGCAAGUUGAGGAAGAUGUAAAGACGUUUUCUUGUUUGUUGCUUCUUGAUUAAUAAAGUGAUGAUUAUUAUUAUUAAUAUUAAAACAGAUUGUUAAAACAUGCACUGUCAUACUGGACGUAAUAAUCCCAGGCGAAUCCACUUCCCUAGAAGGAGGACAUUCUACACGGAGUGUGAGGGAUCUACACGGAGUGUGAGGGAACCUGCACUUUCCAGGUUUUUCCUUUUUCUAGAAAACUCCUUUGUGGUUUCAUUUCGCUUUUGUGAGAUACAGAAGUUACACUUUCUCACAGUCACAUGAGGGCCUCGUGAAUCAGGCCACACCACUGGUUCUUGACCCCUGGACCUUGUCGGGUUCCAGCUCUCAAUGAACUUCCUACCUCUCUACGAACUGAAAAGACUGAACUGGUUCAGUCAGCUUCUUAGUACUCAUGUGGCCUGAAGAAGUACAUACGGGGAACCACAAAACUAGUGAUCGAUGGGAAAUGUGACUUCAAAACUUGGGAUGGGAUUCCUUUGCCAGCUCAGACCAGAUUGAUCUAACGCUCUCCCCGGCUGAUAUCUGUUGAGACAAACAGAUAAGUGAUGGACAGCACAUGCCGGCUGAAGAUUCCUGGGGAAUCAGAGCCUCAUCACUUCCUUCACUAUGUUAGUCUACACUCAGCAGUACCAGCUAAAGGCUAGCAGGUGUAAGGUGGCCGUAUCCACUACAGUCCUGCCUGUUUUCGAUUAUAUUUCUGUGCUUUGCAUCUUACGAAGCAGGUGGGGAAAUCGGUAAUGGAUGACAUGCUGAGUUUGAGAAAAGCACACCCUGCUGUUUGGCAAGACUGGAGUCCCGAUUCACUGGCGUAUAUUCCAUCACUGUGAAACCACCUAUGGUAUUUUUAUAUAUAUAUAAACAUUUUUAUUUAUAGCAUCAUAGUUACACUUGCUGUCCAGAGGAUUGUGUAAAUGGCAAGAUUCCCCCCUCCCAAAAAAAGGUCAGCUGGUGGCAGCUAACAUGCAGUUGAUAUUUGCACGCUCCCAACAUGGUAGACUUGUAGUUUAAAAUUCAUUGUGUUCUGGCCCUUGUUGUGAUCAUGUUUCUUUGCAUUAUUUGUACUGACUAUAAUUGUAUAUUGAAAAUCAAUUGAAGUCCUUGUGCCAUACUGCUUGUUCUGGAAAAUUUGUCAGUGCAUAGUUCCUCAUAUUACCAGUAGCAGAAAUCAAUCCUUGAAACCCACUUGGUGGAAUUAGUUACCAACUGGUUUCACCCUAUUCCACUGGUUACUUUUUCUGGUUCCAGUUAGUGGUGACUGGUUGGUGUCUGAUAGUGUGUGCUAAUCCUACCCACAGUGGCCCUGACAAUUUAUCUUCUCUCAUCAUGUAAGUUCAAAGAGAUCAUGUAGUCACUAAUGGAGAACCAUGAUAUCAUGUCAUUGACAUGUCAUCCUUCAUGUGGUCUUUUUGAUAUAACUCAUGGAUUUUCGACAACCUGUUUCAAUAAAUAGUGAAACGUG